AUGCCCCGUCAUCACCAUCUCCUCCGCCGGAACCCCGCCCCCGACACCACCUCCCCCUCCGACACCGCUACAACUCACCGCCACCCACCGCAACCGCCUCCGGCCCCCAACGCGCCAGCCGCUCGCGCCUCGGCCACCACGCGCAAUGGCAAACUCCCCCGUCGCAAGGCCUCUCCAUUCCACAACUGCAUCCGUCCUCGGGUCCCAUUGAUCCAGACCACCCCCUUCACAGCCACCCAGGCCAACAUGCAGCCCACCACCCUGCCGCAACCGCCGCGCUGCCACCAGAUGAUGGACGAGGAUGAUGAGGAGGAUAUCGUGGAAGAAGAAUACGACGAAGGACCCAGCGAACAUGUCCACGAGCAGGACCACGACCAACUAAAUCGUCUCCGUCAGCGACAUCACCAUCGUCGACUCCACACACGCUCUGUUUCCUCAGACGAACUCCUUUCAACUCAGGAUAUACAUGAUCGGGACGAGCCCUCGGUGAUAGAAGAAAUCGACCCAGAAUUAGGACAUCAACACGAGGAGGAAGAAGAAAUUGAAGAAGAGGAGGAAAUUGACCCCGAACCAGGCACCGACUCAGAAAUGCUCCACGAUCGCGAAAAAUCCCCCACUCCUCUCCCCCCCAACCUCCGCGAAAUCUCCUCCCUCGCAAGCUGGACCGUCUCAACCCACAAACCCGGCUGCGGGGUUCUCGCUCUCCGUCACCCCUCGCCAACGCAGUAUUGGCAAUCCGACGGCCCGCAACCCCACACUCUCACUCUACACUUCUUCAAAUUAGUGGCUAUUGUGCGCAUCCGGGUUUAUCUGGAUUUCGAGAUGGAUGAGAGUUACACCCCUACGAAGAUGACCUUUUUGGCUGGCAUGGGCGGGAAUGAUCUGGUUGAGUUUGCGAAUUGGGAGGGGGAGGGGCCGUGUGGUUGGGUGGAUGUGGAGUUGGAAGGGGUGGGGGGUAGGAGUGGGGGGUGGGUUAGGAGUACCAAGUCUGGUGGUGGUGGUGGUGGCACUGGUGGGAGAAGUGCUGGAGCUGGGAUUGGGGGAAUGAUCAAAGGGAAGGGGAAGAGAGGAUAUGUGUUUAAGGACCAUGGCGGGGGGAGUGAUGAAGAUGAGGACGAGGAUGAAGAGAACGAUCCAUACGCAGGCAACGUCCUCAAAGCAAUGGUGAUCCAGAUGCGAGUGAUCGAGAACCACCAGAACGGAAAAGACACUCAUGUGCGUGGAUUCCAGGUCUUCGCCAGAGACGACGAGAGAAAAAGAGUGGGCAAUGCCCCCUCGGCGUCAGCGGAUGGCCGCGUCCGGAGACACAGCGUGCGACGCUCGUUGAGAGGCAGUACACAGGAGAUGGAGGGCCCGGAGGCGCAUGCUAAAGUGGUGACUAGUCUCGAAGAGCCGGAUUGGAUGGGCGAGCCUGUUAUUCGAUAGGCAGGUUAGUUUCUUCUACUGUACUAUGGCUGGGGUUGGGAUGGAUCGCAUUACGUUACGGAGUUCGGUAGAUACCCUUUAUCAAGCAUUACUACUACGACUACCUUUUCC